GUGGCCAUCUUGGAUAAAGAACACGCGGUGGAAAAAAUUCAUUUUUCAUGUGCUGAGCAAAACGGAAGUGAAUCUAUCGUCUCUGGCUAUUACCGGUUUCGGGACCAAAUCCGAAAUUUCAUCGUUGUCGUUAGUGUCAUCUUCAAGGAUUUAUUGAGUCGGCCUACACCAUGGAUCCCCCACUAAGACCAAUAGCCAAGGAGGAACGUUCACCGAACCAAAAACAACGCAUACAUCAACGUCAACCUACCGAUGACAAACCAUCUAAGAAAAAUGAAAGGCCGAAAACUCGAGAAAGACCAUCUACUCGGGAUAAAAAAUCAAACCCUAACAAACCAUCUAACCGAAACGUACCAUUGACUAAAGAAAGACCAGCUACAGAGAACAGUUUGUCAACGGCCAUUAAGGGACGACCUUCAACAAGAGAAGGAACACCUACCAAACGCAUCACCGGGACCGUUAAAUGGUUUAAUGUAAAAGACGGAUAUGGGUUCAUCACUCGGCAUGAUACUGGAGAGGAUGUUUUUGUGCAUAAGAGUAGCAUCAUGAGACCGAACAGUCGACACAUGGAAAAAUCCAUUGGCGAUGGCGAGGUUGUGGAAUUUGGAUUGAUCGCUUCCAAAGUGACGGGACCUGGGUUCACUAGGGUAAAGGGCAGUCCAUUUGUUGCCCCAAAGAAAGAAUAUAAAAGUCGACCAACUUCUAGCCAGACCCCACAGCAACAAAACGUUGAGCAAAGGCCAAAAGGUGUUGGAGAUGGUUCUUCACCAUCGGAUAGCAAGGCAGAUGUGAAAAUAAAGGAAAACCUCAAUUUAAUUCACAAAUCGUUGACGUUUGAGCAAUUGAAAGUAUCAGCUUCAAUAGAGAACUUAUUAAUGGACCCCUCAUUCCAACACGAACAGGAGGAGGCAGCGUUAUUGGAAGAGAUGGCGUUAAUUGAAGCACAACAAGAAUUUGACGAAUUAUCAUUAGCCUGAUUGGAAGAAAUGUAGAAUUUCAAGCAUUUAUGGUAUAGGCAAUGCUACAAACAGAGACAGAAAUUAAAUUCUAUUUUCAUUGAAACUGUUCAAUUAGAACAUGCAGAAAUCUCUUUCGGAAACUACAUCGCAGACUCGUUUGCUUGAACAAAAACUGAUUAUAAGAUUCGAAGCACAGCAACACCACUUUGAUUUUAUCGUUCUGUUUCAUAUUCUCAUCCUCCAACUUUUGAACUGUUCGCUGAGCAUCAUUUAAUUUAACAACCUGUUGUUCUGCGGAUGCCUUUGAAGCGGACAACUUUUCUGAAAUUCGAAAACAUUACAAUAAAUAUUUUAACAUCUGGUACGUAAAA